AUGGCGCCCUCAACCGCGUCCGCUUUUGACGACCAAGUGGCAAAGGCCGCUGAUGAGAUAGUGCAGGAAUUGGAUGUUGCUCUUCUGGUAGCCCUGCUUGUUAAGGGUUGCACCUUGAAGUAUCCAUGUAUGAGCAUAUUCAUGACGUUUCUUGGAAGAAAAGAAAUCAUAGAUAUGCGACCCGGAUAGGUCAAGUUGUAACCCCUAAGCUUGGACCAGACUGGCGCUCGCAGAGAGUCCAACAUCUGGAUUUCUCGGAUGCGGUGUUUGAACUGGUGUCUCUCAAAAUCAAGGAGCACGAUGAGGAUCGGGCUUUUGCACCGUUGUCGAGUUAAGUGUGAGGCGAUUUUAAAUAGAGUUUUUCAUUCCUGACACGGGGGUUGAAUAUUUGCAGUAGUUACCGGGUCAAAAGGCUAAGGCCUAGGACUACUGUAGUUAUCGAUUCAGGAAAGAUGAGUCUAAAACGAUUGCCCACCUCUAAUCACCAUCCAAAGUCAUCAGCAUCGACUUGAC